UCACAAACACAAACACAAAAGCCAAAGAGGGAAAAAGACAGAGAGAGAGAGAGAGAGAUGGCUGUGGAAUUGGUGGAGCUCUGCAUACAAGCCGCCUCUGAAAGCAGAGACAGCGUCGAGAAAUGGCGGAGGCAGCGACGGAGUCUCGAGCGCUUGCCUCCUCAGCUCGCCGACUCUCUCCUUCGCCGCCUCAUCUCCCGCCGCCUCCUCUUCCCUUCCUUACUCGAAUUAUUCAAAAACAGCGUGGAGGAGGUUGAUCUGCGAGGUGAGAGCUCCGUUGACGCCGAAUGGAUUGCAUACCUAGGGGCAUUUCGGUACUUGCGAUCUUUGAACGUUUCUGAUUGCCGUAGACUGACUGCCUCUGCUCUUUGGCCUAUUACUGGGAUGGAGAGUUUGAGGGAGUUGGACUUUUCGAGAUGCUCCAAGGUUACUGAUGCUGGGAUUAGGCAUCUUCUAUCUAUUACAACUUUGGAAAAGUUGUGCAUUUCUGAAACAGGUGUGUCGGCGAAUGGGGUUAUGCUUCUCGCUUUGCUGAGAAACCUGUCUCUCCUGGACCUGGGUGGUUUGCCUGUUACUGAUCAAGCACUGAGUUCUCUUCAGGUACUUACUAAACUGCAGUACCUUGAUCUUUGGGGGAGUAAAAUAUCUGACAAAGGUGCUGCUCUUCUUCAAGCAUUUCCCAAGUUGAGUUUCCUCAAUCUGGCUUGGACUAGUGUGACGAAGUUACCAAAUUUGUCAUCCCUUGAAUCUCUAAACAUGAGUAAUUGUACAAUUAAUUCUCUACUUCAGUUGUCAUUCACCAGCUUCAAUUGUACAAUUAGAGCUCCUUUGGCUAAGCUUAUUGUUUCUGGAGCUACGUUUGGGGACGAGUUUGAAGCCUUCCAUGAUAUUGAAAAAACUUUUUUGACCUUUUUGGAUUUAUCCAACUCCUCGCUUCAGAAAUUCUACUUCUUAUCUCAUCUAAAUGCUCUGGAACACUUGGAUCUCAGCUCAAGUACAAUAGGGGAUGAUUGGCUUGAACUAAUUGCACGUAUUGGAGUAAACUUGAAAUAUCUAAAUCUUAGCCGCACCAGAGUCAGCUCUGCUGGAGUUGGAGUUGUCACUGGACAUGUACCCAAUCUUGAGUUCUUGUCAGUAUCUCAUACAUUGAUUGAUGAUGUUGCUGUUUCAUAUAUUAGCAUGAUGCCAUCUGUGAAAUUUAUUGACUUGAGCAAUACGAACAUUAAAGGUGUCAUUCACCAGGUUGAACCCGAGUCAGCUUCAGUUCUCUCGCUAUCAGCACUUCAAAGUCUCCGACACUUAGAAAAGUUGAAUUUGAAGGAUACGAAAGUUACGGAUGCAGCUCUUGACCCUUUAAAGAGCUUCCAUGAGUUAACCGAUUUAACACUGAAAAGUGCGUCGCUGACAGACAACUCGCUUUACUACACAUCGUCUAUACCAAAGCUCACAAAUCUUUGCGUUCAUGAUGGUGUUCUGACCAAUUCCGGGCUCAAUUCAUAUAAACCUCCAUUGACCCUAAGAAUGAUGGACCUGAGUGGUUGUUGGCUCUUAACCGAGGAUGCGAUCUCAUCCUUCUGUAAAGCUCAUCCUCAGAUUGAAUUAAGGCAUGAACUUGUUCAUAUCUCUCCGUCAAAGCAGAUUGUUUCUAAUAGCCCAUCUUCUUCACGAUCAAAUAGAAAGGCUUCACAGGCAAAGCAGAAGCAGCAGGAAAAUGUACCAGUGUUGCCAGGUUUUCUAGAUCAAAGAUUGAAGUAUAGUAGAGAGGAGCUGCUUGCGCUGCAGUACUCAUCAUUAUCCCUUGUGCCGCCUCCUGAUCAGGGCGCUGUAUUACCUAACACAGAAUCGGAUUAAGCUGGAGCCGUUCGCACAAUUGCAUCCAGAUUUUACAACGCAUCGCCCUUGUAGCUGUCUGCCAUGGUAAGCUUGUGCUUUGUAAUCAUAGUUGAGAUCCUUUUCUUGUUUCUUUUCCAAGGAUGUCUACAAGUCGCUGUACAAAAUUGGAUUAGUGUCGUUUCUGUAUGAUAUUGCUUCGAUGCGGAUCUGGACAUAAAAUUUUCUCAUAAUCAGAAGUGACAUGUCGUUUUGUGGUUGUCAAAUUUCAAUGGAACAGGCAACACCAUUGUCA